UAUUCACGUGUAAGUCAAACUGGAACUCUGUGUUCUCCUCAAAUAACAGCCCGGGGAACUAGAGCAGUGUAACGAAGUCGGCUUCACAUUCACAGAAAACAGGCUUCUUUUAACAGAGAUGAAACAAACCCAUACUGUGCCAUCGUUUGUCAGUAAACUUUGGGCACUUGUCGAGGCUCCUUCAACGAAUCACCUGAUUUGCUGGAGCAAAGAUGGCUGUAGUUUUCUUGUCCAAGAUGAGCAACAGUUCAGCAAGGAGGUACUACCCCUUUACUUCAAACACAGCAACAUGACCAGCUUUGUGCGCCAGCUCAACAUGUAUGGCUUCCACAAGGUGGUGCAAAUGGAUGCUGGCUUACCCAAAGCUGAGCAGGUGGAUUGUGCCGAGUUUCAGCAUGAGUACUUCCGGAAAGCCCAGCCUCAUCUGUUGGGCCUCAUCCGCAGGAAGGUUUCAGUUAGCAGAGGAAAUGAAGAUGGAGGGCAGGUGUCUCAGGUGCUCGUACAGGUUAGUCAUGUCAAAGGCUGGCAAGACUCCUCAGACCUCAAACUCAUGGCUUUGUGCAGGGAUAACGAAAGCUUGUGGAGAGAGUUGGACUCUUUAAGGCAGAAAUAUCAACAGCAACACAAAGUAAUACGCAAGAUUAUAAGGUUCAUCAUCAACAGUGUCCAGUCAAAUAGGAUCAAAGGUUGCAAACGGCGGCUCCCCAUGAUCGACAGUUCUGAAGAACAUCAGUCCGCACCAAAAUACAGCCGCUCACUUAGUGUGAAAUCCACAAAUAACUCGUCCGCCUUUCAUGAGCUGGAUGUGUCACCUGCUGAUGUAUACACACAUGGUACGGUCAUCUCUGACAUCACCCAUCUGCUGGAUCCCACUCCUGAGCCACACAAAGAAAUCCCAGAACUUCCUACGACUCUGUCCACAUUUUUAUCACCUGACUCAUCUGCUCUGCCCUCCAUGGAUCUGGCUUUGUCUUUCCUGGAUGAACUCGAUCCACAGCAGCCUAAGGAUGUGGUGUUGGAGAGAAAUGAUGUGUAUGAUCCACUGGCUCUGAUUGACUCUAGUUUGGCAGCAAUACACUCCUACCCUCAACCCUUCCCAGAACUGGACAAUUUCAGCAAGAUCCUCAGUCCUGGAUGCCACAUCUCUGCAGUUAAAGACUCAGAAACAGAGAGGAAACAGCAAGCCCAGAGUGAGGCCGACAAAGAUAUAAGGCAGAGAACCCUGGACCAAGAUGUAGGAUUGGAGGAGGAGCUGUUUGAUGGUGGAGAUUAUUCUGAUAUUUUAACAUCCAUCCUACAAUUGGCACAGGAAUCUUCCAGUCUUUCAUUCAACAACACUUCACUACCAUUGGAGCCCUCAAUGGUUAUUUAAAGCAUACACAUAUGAACUGUGGGGCUAAAGGGACAUUAGCAUUUGUAGUGUUGACAUUGUUAUCAUCAGUCAAUCAAUCAUGAAAGGCACGACUCAGUUGAGAGUCGACUGACUACUACUUGAUAAUGGGGUUCUGGUUACAUACAUACUUGUUAGCAUAUAUUAUAGCAUACAUACUUCUUUUGCAUAUAUUAAGCAUUUAUAAAUCUCUUUAUAAAGUGUGUGUUGUUUAAAUGCAUAAGGUUUUGAAUAUUUUACUUUAUUGGUCAGGCUCUGUCUAUCCUUAGUGUAUAAUACUGUACAUUUAAAUAUGAAUACAAUUAAUUAUCAGUUUAAUUCAUUAUUUACUAUAGCAAUACAAUUUGUGACCAAGUAAAUGCUUUGGUGAAAUAAAGACAUUCAAUUCAAUUUGAUCAAA